UAGUGGUUUAUUUUGUUUACAAUUGUUAUUUCCUUAAAAAUAUUCCCUGUUAUUUUAAAUUUGUUGUUUAUUUGGAGUUUGACUGAAAUAUAUUUUUCCUAUUGACCAUAGUUCUGAUGAUACUUAACUUAUUUAGUUUACACCUCUAUUCCAAUUAUGUUUUGUUGUCUCGAUGUGGUUAUGUGACUGUUUUUUUUGUAAUUGUAAUAUGUAUGCUAUAAAUAAAACAUGAUUAAGUAGGUUAAUAUUUGUUUUAUUUUCAGAAAAAAGUACUUGCAUUAGGUACAUAAUGGAUUUGUCAGACGAAUCAAUAGAAAUCGUGGAAAUCAAAUCAGAUCGCAAUCAUUUCCGAUGUAUAAAUAGACAUUGUACAAAUGGUGAUGAUAACCUGAUCAAAGCAUUAGAUUUUGUGUGUAAUUUCUAUCAUGUUAGAUACAAACCAAACAAGGAGGUGAUUAAACUAAUUACACUAUUUUUACAUUAAAAUUAAAAAAGUUACAUUAAUACUCAGUAAAAUAUCAAAUAAAAAUAUAUAUUAAUAUAUCGAAAACAAAUGAAUAAAUUAUUAGAAUAAGAACAAAAUAGAGCCUGGAUUUUUAUACAAAUUAUGUGUAUAUAAGACUGGUUUUGAUUUUUGGGAAUCUUCUGUUAAUAGAACCACAAAAAGUGAAAAAAUAAUAUUUUAUUAUCAUUAUAUAUUUUAAUGCAUAUUAUUUACUAUUAAUUAAUUAAUUUUAUUUGUUUUUUAUAUAUUUAAUAUUCUUAAUUUAUAAUCCAGUGAACUUGUAAGCAUAUAAAAUUAUUUUUAAACUUUUUAUUUUAGGUUUGUUCAAUGUGUUUUAAAAAAUGUGUGAACCAUUUUUACAAACUUAGAGCUAAAAUGGAUAGAGGUGAAUGUCUUUUGCAAGCUGAGUUUCCAUCAUAUGAUUCGUAUGUUGUAAUUGAAUCAUCUUCAAGUGAAGAUGAAGAUGAAAAUGAACAUAAAACUCAAAAAAAUCUGCGUAUUCCUAAAGAAGUUUUAAAACUUGUACCCACAGAUCCAGACCUUUUAGCUUUUGCCAGUUUGGGAUUUGAUUAUUAUUUUGAAAAUAAAAAGGAAAUAAUUGAUAAACAUAUUGCAUUAUGCGAAAAUGAAACAGAAGUGUUAUUACAGAAUUGUAUAGCUCAAGCAAAUUUGAUUGAUGAACAAUCUAAUAAUUUAGAAAAAGAACUGGAUGAAUUAAGAAAUGCUAUAUAUGAGCCAUAUGUACCAACACGUGUGAUUAUAGAAACUGUAGAUCUUGAAGAAUUAAGUAAUGACAAUGUACAAGCAUGUGUUAAAAAAAAUUGUACUUCAAAUAUUAAUCAUAAUGAAGAAAAUAGAAUGGACGGAGACGUCAUUACUCUUAAUAGUGUAAUAGUCUGUGAUAUACCAGAUGAUCUACCCAAUGAGGGGCCUUUAGAAUAUCCUACUUUACAAAUUGGACAACAUAUGUUUGCAAAAAAAUUUUCUUUAUUAGAUCCAUGGUAUAAAAGCAAAAUUCAAGCUAUAAUAAAUAAUGAUUAUUUACAUAUGAAGUUUAGUUCUGAUGAAAAGUUAUUAACAACAAAAGAAGUAGCGUACUUUGACCCAAGUCCAGUACGUUUUCCUAUAGGCGCCAGAGUUCUUGCUAAAUAUUCUGAAACUGAAAAUCAAAUAUUAUCCAAUUAUUAUGCUGGUGUAAUAGCUGAACCACCUAAACUACUUAACAAAUUUCGGUAUAAUUGAUUAUUUAAUAUACUUAUUUUAAUUUUUUUGUACUAGUCCAUAUUAUUACUCUUACAAAAUAUUUAUAGCACUUCAAUUUUUAAUUCAUUUUUUUUUUUCUUGAUUUUAUACAUAUUUAUGAUAUAUAUGAUUUCAAACCAAAUUAAACAUUUUUAUCUAUGAUCCCAUGAAGUUGUUAGUGAUUAAUAACAUAUUGUUUUCAGAUGAAUUCAGUAUACUUAGUAUACAAGUGAACCUUUAUUUUAUAAAAAAUACUUUUAAGUAUUUAUUCUUGUGAUAAAACAUGUUCAGAGUUUCUUUUUUGAUAAACCUACUAAUUUACAUUAAUUACAUUUAUAUUAUACUGUAAACUAGUUGUAUAUUAGUCUCUUUUAGCUACAAAAGUCAGAUUUAUAAAAAAAUUCAUGACUGAUUGAUAAAAAAGAAUUAAUUAAAGUUUUCAAUUAUAUGAUAGAUCUUUUUAUUAAAAAUAAAAAAAAAAUGAUGAACAGUAAAAUAAUAUAUAAUAAUUUUCAUGAAUUGAAAUGAAUAAUUAUACAGUAAACCCUUAAUGGUAGUAAUGAAAAAAGCAUUAAUUUAUUUUUUCUGAUGCGUUCUUAGGUUGAGAGUUUUUUUUAGUAUAAAACAGCUGGGUUAUAAUUAUUUUAAGGAUGUAAUAUGGAUAAGUCAAUAUUUUGUAUAUUAAUGUUGAUUUUAUUUUUUAGGUACAUGGUAUUUUUUGAUAAUGGUAAUGUUCGAUAUCGCCAUCAUAAUGAUAUCCGUUUAAUUGUGCAUAAAUCUAAAAAUGUAUCAAAUGAUGUACAGGAUAAUUGUCAGGAAUUUUUACGAAGUUAUUUAGAAAAGUAUCCUGAACGUCAAAUGGUAAGAUUAAAUAAAAACCAUUUCGUAAGAGCCGAAUUUGAUCAACGGUGGAUGGUGGCUAAAGUUACUGAAGUUGAUGCAUCAAUGGUAAAAUUAUAUUUUAUGGAUUUGCAAAAAAGCGAAUGGUUGUACCGGGGUUCUUCUAGAUUAUGGAACAUUUUUGAAAAACAAAGCAAGUCUGAGAAAGGUAUUCGAUUGCGACAAUCUGGACUGGCCUAUCUGAAAAAACCAUUUGUUGAGUACUCAAAUGUAGACAACUCAGAAAGAGUAAAAAGUACAGAAAGUGCUGAAAGUGUAGGAAGUGCUGAAACUGUAGAUGAAAAAACUAACAUUGUAGAAAGUGUUGAAAAUGAAAUAAUCGAUGCUGUUCUAUCUCAUAAAAGUGUAGCUCGUAAAAGUACCAGCAAGAAUGCAACAGAACAAAGCAGUAGCACAGUUAUAUCGUCUAAACAUAAUAAUAUCACUUUUAAGACUGUUCCUUUAAUAAUACCUAUUACUGCUCCUAGAUCGAGAAAAAUGAAAAUUCAUACCUGUGAUCAUUCUUGUAUAGCAUGGACUCGAUAUGAUUAUAAUGAUACGAGUGGACUUAGCAUGUUGGCUACACCUUUGCAUUAUGGUUUUGACAGGUAUAUUGCAUAUUUUAAAAAUAGCAGUACCAAUACUAUUAUAUCAAGAUGUGUUAUGUACAGAACGCCAUGUGGUCAUAUGAUCCGAAAUCUGAGUGAAAUGUGUCUAUAUCUCAGUCUGACUAAAAGUAAAAUGACAAUUGACCACUUUGAUUUUUCUAGCUGGGUGGAACCGCUGGCUGAAUAUCAAGUGUUGAAGUAUGUUUUGUUUAUAGAUGAUUUAUCUGAAGGUAAAGAAUUUCGACCUAUAACAUGUGUUAAUACUAUUAAUAAUAAAAUGCCUCCUCCAAUGGAGUAUAUGACAACUAGACAAGCUAUGCCAGGAGUCAACAUAAACGUUGAAAGCGAUUUCUUGUGCGGAUGUGAUUGUACAGACAACUGCCAAGACAAAGCUAAAUGUGCUUGUUGGCAAAUGACAAUUCAAGGACAAAAAAUUCUACCCAAUCUUUACAACGAUCCAAAUAUCGGUUAUCAAUAUCGACGAUUACCUGAACGUGUUCUGACUGGCAUAUAUGAAUGCAACAAAACAUGUAAAUGUAGCAGUUCAUGUUUAAAUCGUGUGGUACAACAACCAUUAUCACAAAAGUUACAACUAUUUAUGACAGAAAAAAAAGGAUGGGGUGUUCGCUGUUUAAAUGAUAUACCUCAAGGAAGUUUCAUCUGCAUUUAUGUUGGUUAUUUGUUAACUGAAGCGGAUGCCAAUGAAGGAGGUAAAAAUUAUGGUGAUGAAUACUUGGCUGAGUUGGACUACAUUGAAGUUGUUGAAAAAAUUAAAGAAGAUUAUGAAAGUGAAGUACCCCCUGGAAGUUAUCUUUUUCCAGACAGUAGUAAUAAUACAAUUGAUGAAGGUGUAACAACUUCUGAAUCUUCUGAGGAAGAAUAUCAAGGUACGUCUGACUCUUAGAGGCCCUUAUUUCUUGUCUUGGUUCAGUUAACAGGUAGCAUAACAUAAUUAUGUUACUUUGAAUUGAAUGUUAGUGUUUAGGAUGCUAUUAAAGUUUAAACAUACAUAAUAAGAAAAAAUGUAUUGAGUAUUUUUCCCUCUAAAAUAUUAUCAGACAAAAAAGUUACAGCUAUUUAGGUUUCACUUAUGUAAAUAGCUGUAAAUUUUCUUGUUUAUCAAUAUUUUAGAAAAACCUACGGAAUGCCCUUUAAAAAUAUUUUAUCCAUGUUUAAAUUCUAAGAAAUGUAGUCUUGCCUACUAUGUUGUUCAUAAGUUGGACUGGCAGCGUAAUGAGAAAUGUAUUAAUGAUUUUACAAUAAUAUUUUUUUUUUUUUAAUAUCUAUAAACAACUUUUCCAUCAGAAAUCUAUCUUGCUCUAAUUUUCAAAUGUAGUACUUUUUAUCUGGAUGGUACUUUGAAAAGGUCAUUUUUUGAUUUUCCUAGCGGUUUUCAUAAUAAUUGGGAACAACAGGACAAUUUACUUAUAUGUGUAAAAGAAACUUUGCUUUGAAUCGUUUUUUGUAAGCAAUAGUUUAUUAUUGUGUAAUAUUGAUAUAAAUUAAAUUCCCUAUCAUGUGAAGUACAUCCAUCUUUUGUCUUCUGGAUUUAAAAAAAAAAAACAUCAAUAGUAUAGAGAAAAAGUCAAUUUAUUAAAGUUUAAUUUGAAAGUAAAAAUAUUUUCUCUUUGCUGCAUAAAUCAUUUAAAUCUACAAAUAUAAUUUUUAAAAUUAUGUACUAAGUAAUGUUUAUUCUAUAAGACAAAUUCUUUAAAAUGUUUGUAUGUACAUACAACAGUACCAAAUCAGUCAAUCUUUGAUGUCUCAUUUGACUUAGUAACCAAGUUUUUAAUCUAAAACGACCCAGUUAUAUACUGUCAAUAUUUACAGUGUAUGGAUCAUAUUGAAGUUGUGUUCAAUAUAUUGAAAAAUCAAAAUUAUUUUGAUAUUUAUUGAUAGAUUUUCAAUAUUAUUGUGUUGCUGAUUUACUUUUACUAUUUGAUUAUGGACCAGGUAACUUAAUGAUAUAUUGAUAUGUUGUUGGUCAUUCUAAUGUUCGUCAAUAUUUUGACAAUAAUAUUGGUAAUAUAUAUAUAUAUAUAUAUUGAUUGUAUAUGGGCCACAUAACAUUUCAAAUUAAUAUAUGAUUUGCAAUUUUUCUCAACUUAAACAUGAAAUUAAAAUCUGUGCAACGUUGAAAAACUAAACUAAUUUUGUUAUAUUCAGUGUACACACUGUGUAUUAUAAGUACCUGUCAGUAUGGUAAUAUGAAAAUUAAAAGGACGUCUUAGAAUAAUGGGGACAGGUGCAGCCACUGUUAUAGAUAAUUUAAUGUAUACCUGUAAGUAACAAUAAACCAUUGCUUACAAAAAAAAAGAUUCUGAGCAAAAUUCAGUUGAUAGUGAUGCUUUGUAAAUAAUAUAAAUGUCAUUUUAUAAUAAAGUAAUUAAAUAGGCCUUAUAUAUUUUCUUUAAUAAUAUUUGUUAAAUAUUGUACCGAUUUUCCCAAUUUGUCUACGUUUUUUCCCGGUUUUAUCCUUGGUUUUCACUUUUGUUAGGAAAACUCCUAAAAAAAUCUAAAAAUUACCUCUUUAAAGUACCUCCCCACACCGAUUUUCUUUGAGAAAAGGUGCUACACUUAAUAGAAAUCCGAGCAAAUCUUCUGGUAGAAAAGUUGUUUGCAAUUAAAAAAAUAAAUUAAUAAUAAACAUCUUUGUAAAACCAUAAGCUUUUUGGCUCCACUCAGAAUCUAAAAGAUUAAAAACAGUGGCCUAGAGGGAGGGACGAUCACCCCUUUGCUCCCCCCCCCUGAAAUACACCUUGGCUAUCUAUUACCUAACCAUAUCAGUUUUAUUGUAAUAUAUUUGGUCAUUUGUUUGAAUAAUUUUAAAUGUAUAACAAAAAUUAUUCUCACCAGUAUUUCUUUAAAAAAAUUAUAUUGGGAAUUUAGUAACAAUUUUUUAGAAAUUACAAAUGUAUAUAUUUUUUGAUUUACUUGAGUAUGUUUGUAAGUUUAAAAAUCUGUGAUGUUUUGAAUCAAAAAUUACUAUGAAUAGUUUUUCAUAGAAUAAAAUCUUCAGAUCUGCUAUUUGAUUGUAUAAUUUACGUCAAAUGUUCAUGGUUCCACUAUUCUUUUUUCGUGCAUCUCUUUUAAUAUAGUCUUUUUAAUUUGAUCAAAUUUUAAAAUAUUUUUUAUUAAAUUUGUUUUUUUUUUAUAUAUAUAUACAGAAAGACAAGUUGUAUCAGAGAUUUCAUUGCGAUUGCGUAAACGUAAAAAGAAGCCCAAACCUGAGAGUAAAAAAAAGGAAAAACAUACAAACAAACCAUCCAAAGUAAAUGCACGCGACAUGAAAAACAAUCCUGUACCAACUAAACCAAUGCGUGAAUAUUUUGGAGAUAAUGAAAGUGUUUAUAUUAUGGAUGCCAAGACAAGUGGCAACAUUGGACGGUACUUGAAUCAUUCAUGUUCCCCAAAUACAUAUGUUCAAAAUGUAUUUGUUGAUACUCAUGAUAUACGGUUCCCGUGGGUGUCUUUCUUUGCACUGCAUUACAUAAAAGCUGGAACAGAACUUACAUGGGAUUACAGUUAUGAUGUAGGAAGUGUUCCGGGAAAAGUAAUGAAGUGUCAUUGUGAAUCAGUUCAUUGCAGAGGAAGAUUGCUGUAAAUUGAAUAUUGUGUUUUUUUAUGUACAUAUAUUUAAAUUUAAAUUAAGUUUUGAAACUGAUAUUCUUAAACUUAAAAAAAAAAAUUAUAAUUAAUUAAAAAGUGAAAUUAUUUUUAAUUUUUCUGUGACACCUUUCACAUACAGUACAAUAUAUUAAUAAUAUUGUAUAGAUUAAUAUUAUACAAUGAUAACUUAAUUUUUCACAAAAAAAAAAACUUAUUUAUAAAAUGCAUUUAUCCAAAUGUUGUUGACCACGGUGUUGACAUUGGAUGUGGAUUUUGUAAAUAAGACAUAACGACUGCUGAUAUUGAAAGCCUAUU